CGCGCAGCUGAUGAGAGGGCAUACUUUCAGACCUCCACAUACUCGCACAGGGACUGCUUGUCUUGAGUAAGCACGGCUCUCUGGAGGCAACACAUACUCGCAGUGGUGUAGAAGCAAUAGUACUGCAGUCGGCCUCCUCCUACUACUAGCACUACUUCUCCCAUAGAGUGAUGAACCUGUUACUUGUACUAGAAUUCGACCAAGACCGACCGCUCUGCUUUUGCCUUGUCUACGUACUUGCUUACAUUCACCUACUGGAUGGAUUGAGUUGACGAUGUAGCUUAGCUCUCCAUUCAGUUGACCUCAGAGUGGAGGCUGCCGAGAAUGUGUGAAUUUGCCGUGGCCCUGACAAUUGGCUGAUAUCGCAAAUUGGAUUGACAUAUAGAGGGAUCCUUAUGUCUGUUCAAUGAGUUGACAUUGUGUGUCGUUUCGCGAGUGUGCCUGUGUGCUCGUGGUGUGUGUGUGUAUGUGUGCUCUUGCGUUCGGAACAUUGGAACAUUAUAUAGCACCACCACCACAAUCAUCAUCAUCAUCAUCAUCACACCAUCACCACCACCACCUUCAACAUGUUGAUCAAGGAGUAUCGGAUCCCUCUACCCAUGACGGUAGAGGAAUAUCGUAUCGCUCAACUUUACAUGAUUGCCAAGAAGAGCCGAGAAGAGUCAAAGGGCACCGAGUCGGGAGUGGAGAUCAUGGUAAAUGAGCCGUACACGGAUGGGCCCGGUGGAUCUGGACAAUACACGCACAAGAUCUAUCACGUGGGCUCCCAUCUGCCCGGGUGGUUCAAAUCGCUCUUGCCCAAAUCCGCUUUGACAGUUGAGGAACAAGCUUGGAACGCGUAUCCGUACACUAAAACAAAGUUCACCUGUCCGUUUGUUGAGAAGUUCUCACUCGAAAUAGAAACCUAUUAUACUCCCGACGGAGGCCAUCUCGAGAAUGUGUUCAACUUGACGGACUCGGAAAAGCGAAAUCGAGUCGUGGACUUGAUCGAUGUCGUCAAAGAUCAAGAUGGCACGGAAUUUGAAGACCCGGUUGCUGAAGAUCCCACCGUGUACGUAUCGGAGAAGACAUUGCGGGGUCCGUUGUCCGAGGACUGGAUUGAGGAAUAUUGGUCCGAAUGCAAAGGCAAAGUCCAACCCACCGAGACUGGGAAGAGCAUCAUGUGCGCCUAUAAGCUUUGCAAGGUCGAGUUUCGGUAUUGGGGAAUGCAGUCCAAAAUCGAGAGAUUCAUCCACGAUGUGGCUCUACGCAAGACCAUGUUGAAGGCCCAUUUACAAGCCUGGACUUGGCAGGAUGAAUGGUUUGGACUGACUAUGGAGGACAUUCGCACCAUCGAGAAAGAGACUGCGGAACUUCUGAAGCGAACCAUGCGAGGCGAGCUCGAGGAAGGAGAGGAACACUUGGAAGAGGAUGCCAAUAAGUCUGCCAGCAACCCCAAUGGAAGUAAUAAUUUCUCAUCGGAGAGUGCCAACAAUCCUGGGAUGGCAGCCACUUUUAGCAGCAUCGAAUACUCGGAAAAAGAUGUGCUCAAUAUCAUUCCAAAGGGAACUGAAAUGAUGCCCAGACGAUCGAUCUGUCUGAGCGAAGAGGACCAGAGCAAAGUCUCGGCGGCCUUGGCCCCUUCCAAUUCGCUUCAUGCCACAUUGGCACCCACGCUAAGCCGAUCCAAGUCCAUGAAUGCGCCGCCCACCAACGCCUCCGCCAUGAGUGUCAUCAGUGCUGUGAGUAAACCCGGUCGCGGGGUGAUGAGCCAGCCCGAGGGUGAGGGUGAAAGUGAAAGUCCCGGAGUGGACUCCGACCGCGAGGACGACGAGUUCUUCGAUUGUCGAGAGAACCUGGACGACACCUCGUCCUUGGCCAAGUGGAGCUCCAUGGAGCUGUCACCCUUCUAUGAGAACCAAUUGGACCAAUCGGCCGCCACUUCCCGCCAUUUGCAUCAGACCACAUUGUCUCAAUUGGACCCGAACGGCUCCCAACACCACGUUACCUUUCGGCGAGUUCAGUCCAUGCGUGAAACCACGCCCAGCUCGUCUUUCGAUGGAAAAUACGCCAACCGACCGGCCAUUGACGUGGCCGACUUUGGCUCUGGCGGUCUCUUGGGCUCCGGUGAGCCCUGCUCGACCACCGUUCUCAUCUUGGUGGCCCAUGGGGGCAGUGUAUUGGACCUGAGCUUGGACACCUCGGUUCGAAAGUCGGAUGUGACGACGUUUCGAGGGGCCUUCGAGUCCAUCAUGCGGGCUCACUAUCCUGGCCUGGUGGGUCACGUCGUGAUAAAGUGUGUUCCCUGUCCAGGCAUUUGCACGGAAGCAUUGGCCAUUCUUUCCAGUCUCAGUCCUUACAGCUUUGACGUAAAUCCGGUGAGCGACACAUCCUUUGGAGUUUCACACGAUCAUCUACCCGUGGGGACCAUCCCAUUGUUUGCCACCGCUUCAUCUCCGGAAUACUCGGGUCACUUGGCCAAGUUCGUUUUGGAGUGCAAUCGGGUCUAUCACGACUUUCUGCAAUCCGAGGAGGGUGCGGGAUUUUGCGGGCAAGUUUGCCUGGUGGGCGAUUCCAUUGGUGCCAUUCUUUCGUAUGAUGCCUUGUGUGGAUCAAGUGUGAAAAGGGCUUCGAGUGAUGGCAGCAUCAACGAGGAGACAGCUUACGUCAAUCACAUGGAAUUGGGAUCAGCUUCAGCCUCGCAACCGUCAGGCGGUUCCAGAUUGUCGGCCCCACCUCAUACCCCCAGUAGAAAGUCGUCGAAUCCCCAGCAAACAGAAUCAUUGGGCCUCGAAGGAAUGGGUCCCCGGUUGGACUUUGACGUCAGCGACUUCUUUGCAUUUGGGAGUCCCUUGGGCAUUUUAUUAGCUUACCGAAAAAUACAACAGGCUGCAUUUGAUGCCAACACUGCUUACCAACAUCAACAUCUACUUCAGCAACAGCAAUCCCGCUCCUCCUCUCGACACUCGUCGCUUCCGCCCCCUUCCAUUCCCCCGCCCAUUCCUCGUCCUGCAGUUCAUCAAAUGUACAACCUGUUCCAUCCGUCAGAUCCAUUAGCUUGCCGAGUAGAGCCUUUGCUCUCCGCUCGAUUCUCACGUGUACCCCCCGUCAAUGUUCCGAGAUAUCAAAAGUAUCCUAUGGGCGAUGGUCAAAGUUUGUCUUUGAUCGAGUUCAUUCAACUUAAUCCUGGCUUAUUCAGCAACUCAGAAACCAACAGCCGACCUAAUACGCCAGGUCGUCAUCAUCACGGAUCAGCGGGUUUGUCUCGCCGAGUCUCUGAAGAGAGCAUUCUUUCGGGCAUCUUUGAUACUCAACAGAUUCACACCAUCAACGUACUUAAACCCAAAUGGUGGGGCUCCAGAAGGAUCGACUUCGCCCUUUAUUGUCCCGAGGGAUUGGCCAAUUUCCCGACCAACUCUUUGCCGCAUCUUUUUCAUUCGAGCUACUGGGAAUCCGUGGACGUGAUUUCCUUCAUCUUGAGGCAAUUGGUUCGAGGUGAUGCUUCACUCAGCUCCCUUCAGUGGGGCAGCCAACAAACGGUGGCGUCAGACCUGAAAAUAUUCACUCCCAAUCAGCCCCGGGAGAAGUGGAACAAGAAGCGGACCUCCGUCAAAAUUAGGAAUGGCGCUCCCAAUCACCGAGCUAAUGACGUGAUUGUGAAAGAGGGGUCCCCACAGACCAUGACUGCUCGGUUUUCGUAUGGUCCUUUGGACAUGGCGGCUUUGACGGGCGAGAAAGUGGAUGUUCACAUCAUGAAAGAGCCUCCAGCUGGUGACUGGAUCUACGUAUCCACAGAGCUCACCGACAAAUCUGGUCGCGUGACGCUGACUCUGCCGCGGGCUCACAUGAUGGGCUACGGAAUCUACCCCAUCCGCAUGCUGGUUCGGGGCGACCAUACCAUGAUGCACAUGUAUCUGGCUGUGGUUCCUCCCAAAACAGAAACUGUGGUAUUCUCGAUUGAUGGAUCAUUCGCAGCCAGUGUCUCCGUCACGGGCAAAGACCCGAAAGUGAAACCAGGGGCGGUGGACAUCGUUCGUCACUGGCAGGAAUUGGGCUACGUAAUUGUCUAUGUGACUGGUCGACCGGAUAUGCAACUCCAACGCGUCGUCUCCUGGUUGGCCCAACAUAAUUUCCCCCAUGGAUUGGUCUCGUUUGCCGACGGCUUCACCACUGAUCCCCUCAGGCACAAAGCCGAGUUCUUGAAAGGCUUGGUCCAUGACCAAGACAUUGUUAUUCAUUGCGCCUACGGAAGUACAAAAGACAUCGGUGUUUACUCGUCGCUUGGAAUGAAGGCCGACCAGAUCUACAUCGAAGGCAAAGCCUCGAAGAAGCUCCACGGACAGGCCACUUUCCUAACCGACGGCUACGCGGAUCACCUGGCUAAACUAACGGCGCAUGGGGGAUCUCGACCAGCUCAGGGCAACGCCCGAAUGGUGAUUCACAAGACUAGUUUUGGUCUGCCUGGACAAAACGUGGGACUCGUUCGUAGGAGGACAAUGAGGGCCAAUGCCAAAAGGACCACAUCAUAUCCUUUGAACAACAAUGCUCCACCCGGCCAGGCUCAAGAAGAGACUAGUCGAUUGUUCUUGAAACCGGUUAACUUUCCUGGAUCACGUCAACGAGUCAGUUUUUGAGUCGACGUUGAACAAUUUGGAUGAACCAGGCCAAAUUUCUUGUCUCGAGUCCAAUUCCGGUGAUGGGCGUUGCUUGGAAUCAACAAACUCGGUGAUAAAAUUUCAUGAAAAUUGAAUAACAUGCCAGUCAACCCCGCACUUUCCCCUCCUUUGCAAAUUUCACGUUUUACAAAGAAAAGUCGAUUUUUAGUAAUUUACCGUGUAACGCAUACUUCUUUUCGUUUCCCAUUCCUUCUCAGUCGUUCUUGAUGAGGCCAAAGCCGGAUUUUCAUUAGAAUGUUAGAAACAUUACAGUCUCACUUCAAUGCACUCAUGUGUUUGAUGUUUUUAGAAAUAUAUCCGUAACCUCCGCUUA